AUGCAUAAUGUUAAAUCCAAUGCUAUAUUUUUAAUUGUUCCGAGUCUAUCGACGCAACUUAUUCUGGGAAACAAUUGGUUAACCGAUAACAAAAUUAUAAUUAAUUACAAUGAUAAAAUUAUCUCCUCUGCGUUUUGGAAUGAUAGUCCAGACGUAAUUAUUAAAUCCGAUAAAAUUAUUCCUCGUAUUGACACCAUAUUAGAUAAUAUUAUGUGUAUGUCUCUGGACGACGAAUAUAACCACGUUGAUAACGACACCAGUUUAUCAUACCCAUUAGAGUACAAAGGUGACAACGGCAUAUUAGCGAUAAACCAUCAAAAUGCCAUUAGUGGUAAUCAAAUAACCGGUAGCAUAGUAGACACCGAUGAACAACGACAAUUAGACCAAUUACUUGCUGAUUAUCAAGAAAUAUUUCAAGACCAUCCUGGGCGGCAUAAUUACUUCUCAUAUCGGUUUAAGGUCAUUGACCACAAGCCUUUCCGAUUAAAACCAUAUCCCGUUCCAUUUGCACGGCGUCCCGCGAUACAACGUGAACUAAAUCGAAUGUUGGACUGGGGGGUGAUUGAGCGAUCUGAGGCAGCGUAUAACAAUCCAAUUUUGAGUGUUUAA